AUGUCUUCUGAUGUUAUUCUAAAUUAUUACGAAUCCCUUCUACAUAGAGAUGAUCUAGAUACUUUGAAGGAGGGUUGUUUCGUCAAUGAUAACAUAAUCACAUUCCAUCUGGAGUAUCUUCGCCAUACAAAAUUAUGCCACUCGUCGAAUAUUCUUCUUAUGGAUCCAGCAGCAUCUCAGCUUUUGAAAUUGAUGGAUGAGGAAUCAGUUAGAUUGGUGUUGGAUCCUCUAGAGUUCAAGUCAAAGGAUUGGGUAUUUUUAGUGAUCAAUGAUUCUGCUUCACGAGUUUCAUCUGGUGGAUGUCAUUGGUCACUGCUGGUUUAUUCACCACUUCUUGUACACGGUUUUUACCUGGACUCCUUAAACUCUAGUCCUAAUUUUUCAGAGGCGAUCACUUUGUGUAACAAGUUAUGCACUUAUUCAGGUGUUUCUUUUGUAGAUAUAAAGCUACCUAAUGUCAUAAAGCAAAAUAACGGAUAUGAUUGUGGAAUAUUUUGCAUGGUAUUCAUAGAAAUAAUAUGUGAUAUGAUAUUGAAAGGUGAUAUGUCCUGGCAGAUGAGUCUGUCCGCUGACAUGGUUUCCCAUCAAGUAAUGCACAAAAGGAAAUCAUUACUAGAGUGUAUCUAUGGCUUAUCCACAGAAAAUGCGUAG